AUGCCCUCACUCUCCUCGCUGGAACGGGCUUGCCCGCCGUCGCGUCGACGCUCGUGCCUGGCCUGCACCAAGGCCAAGAGGCGCUGCGACAACACACUGCCGGCAUGUGUGCGCUGCCGCCGGCGCGGUGUCGAGUGUCUCUAUCCCGUCCGACAACCCGAUCCGAGCCCGGCACAGCAAGGCCAGACGGCCACGAAGUCGUCGACGACCAGCGAUGGCGCAUACACCUUUCUGCCCUUGCAGCCCUGUGACCUUCUGCUAGACACUGCAGAGCCACCGAGCUGUGGUUCGACAGCCUCGCCGUUCCACAGUCUAUCACAAGCCUAUGUUGACACCGCAACCGUCUUUGACUUUGUCUCCCACGCUCACGACGUCAGCAUUCAUGAUGCCGACAAGGCCGACCACACCGACAACGUCGCCGGUGGUCAACUCAGCCUGAUACCAGCACCACCUCUGCCCCUGUCGGCGCCGCUUGCCGCAGCCGACUGGAACUAUGUCUCGCGUAUUAUCGCAUCGCACCUCGGCCAUGCCAUGGACAUUAUCCGCGACGCGCCGCGCCUGUUCGUGCUUGAGAACCGCCUGCCCUGGAGCCACCCACGGCUGUACCGCGACGGCAUGCCGCGAGCCAUGGAGGACGCUCUGUCGAGCUGUGCGCUCUACCAGGCCAAGAACAGCGUCAACACGUCCGUUGUGCUGCGCACCAUUGACCGCCGCCUGCACGACCUGCUGGCGGCACCCGAGCCCACGAGCCCUUUGGAGUGCAUCGCCAAGACCCAGGCGCUGCUGCUGUACAACAUUAUCGGCAUCUUCGACACGGACAUCAACGCGCGCGCCACCGUCGAAAAUACACAGCCUCUUCUGCGGCGCGCCGCCCGCCGCUUGCUGUCCUUUAUCACGUUUGACGCUCUGCAGGACGCCCCCGAUGAGGCUGCCCUGGUAUUGUCGGCCCACGCGUUUUGGGACUCGUGGGUCCUCAUGGAGUCGGCGCGCCGCACAUUCUUGAUUUCCCUGUACUUUAUGCACCUCUACAGCGUCGUUGUCGGCUCGCCGCUGCGCACGUGCGACGAGCGCAAGUACCUCAACCGCUACUGGACCAUUUCGGCGUCGCUGUGGCAUGCCAGCUGCCCGCUCGACUUUGCCCGUGCCUGGCGCGCGAACCGCUUCUUUUUGGCGCGCAUCGGCAAUUUCGACCAGUUGCUGGCCGAGGCCCGCGCCGAGGACAUUGACGAUUUCAGUCGCAUCUUUCUGAGCAGUUUGAUGGGCAUCGACGACUUUAGCAGAUGGAUGGCGUCGCGGGAUCCUGUGGAGGUGUGA